UUUUAUUCUUGUUUGGUACAACCAAUAAUAAUAAGUGGGGAAAAGUAUUAAUUAGAGUUUGCUUCACGUUUGAGUUUCACAAAAAGUGUAACGACGCCAGGAGAAUUUUAUCGGGUCGCAAGUGUCACCUUUGUGGAUUUUGUCUUCCCUGCAACUUUUGACCUUUUCGCACUCAGCGAAUCAGAUCGCUAUAGUACGGUGCACCCUACCGUCUCUGAUCAUCCCCACUGUCUUAAUUAGAUCCGACCCGAAACGUAUCCUUCUCUGAAACUUCGUUUGAGAUUCGCAUUCCUCUGUUCUUCCACCAUUUAACAAUUAUCCUCUUUUGUCUUCGCCAACUUCUUCCGUUUCUUCAUACUUCUCCAGGUACUUCGUCGAGUUCCUCGUGCUUUAGAUUGUUUUUGCUUUUUUCGAAGAUACGUGAGAGAAGUGUUUCUCUUGCUCUGUCUCUUCUUUGAUCUUAUAUCACGUGGGAUCUGAUUUUUUAGUUGCGGUAUUCACAAGUCUUUCCCAAUUUGAGGAUGUUUUGUCUCCGUGAUUUCUGUGUUUUUGUUUUGGAAUAUUGAUGAUUAUAGAUUCGAAAUUAUGCAGCUUUAGAUACUAACUAAAUGACGAAUCUUUUCUCAUUAUUCGCUUGUUGAAUCUUCCACUGAGCUCAUAGAUAAGGAAUUCUCUGUUCAUUGUUGCUUUUAGAGCUUAAUUCAUGUUCCUGAGAUUCAAAUUUGCAACCUUUUUCCCACUUAUGUAAGAAAAAAUGGCUUUUUAUAUAUUCUUCAUUCAUGGCUGUGUUGAUUAGGAAUCUCUAAUCUCUAUGUCUACUGUUAGAUUAAUUGUUUGGUAUUGAUACUCAAAUUGCAUAUAUUUAGGUUCUUGCAUUGGUUUUUUAUAGUAUCUUUUCUGCAACUGAGUCUUUGUAUUUACCAAAAAAAGAAAAAAACUCAAUCUUUGUGGGGAACUUAAAGGUGGCACUGAGUAAUAUUUGAAUCUCAUUGCUGCAGUUUUGUCUUGAGGUUUAUCUGGAAAAAAGAUGGAAGUUUGCGGGGAUCUGAAAUCUGAUAACUUAAAGAACCGCCCCUUGACUCCGCUUAGGAUUCUGAGGGGCUUGAUGAUCCUGCUGGUGUUUCUGUCUACUGCUUUUAUGUUUCUGCUGUACUUUGCACCAAUAGCUGCUCUAGGUCUACGGCUUCUGAGUGUGCAACAAUCUAGAAAAGUUGUUUCGUUAAUCUUUGGUCUCUGGUUAGCUUUGUGGCCUUACCUGUUUGAAACGGUUAACGGGACAACUGUGGUGUUCUCUGGAGACAUCAUUCCGGUUGAGAAACGUGUUUUGCUUAUUGCAAAUCACAGGACGGAGGUGGAUUGGAUGUAUCUGUGGAAUAUUGCCUUGAGAAAAGGCUGUCUUGGCUACAUCAAAUACGUGCUCAAGAGCAGCUUGAUGAAAUUACCUAUUUUUGGUUGGGGCUUUCAUGUUUUGGAAUUUAUCCCGGUGGAGAGGAAGCGGGAGGUCGACGAACCUGUUUUGCUUCAAAUGCUUUCAUCUUUUAAGGAUCCUCAAGAACCCUUAUGGCUUGCUCUAUUCCCUGAAGGAACCGAUUUCACUGAAGAGAAAUGCAAGAGAAGCCAAAAGUUUGCAGCUGAAGUUGGUCUUCCAGCACUAUCAAACGUACUUCUACCAAAAACAAGGGGUUUUGGCGUUUGCUUAGAAGUUCUUCAUAACUCUUUGGAUGCAGUAUAUGAUUUGACUAUCGCAUAUAAACCUCGCUGCCCAUCUUUCAUGGACAAUGUAUUCGGGACGGAUCCUUCAGAAGUACAUAUCCACGUUCGGCGAGUUCUACUAAAGGAGAUUCCAGCAAACGAGGCAGAAUCUUCUGCUUGGUUAAUGGAUUCAUUUAAGUUGAAGGACAAACUGCUAUCCGAUUUCAAUGCUCAGGGGAAAUUCCCCAAUCAAAGACCAGAAGAAGAACUCUCUGUUCUCAAGUGCAUUGCAACAUUUGCAGGGGUAAUAUCUUUGACAGUAGUGUUCAUAUAUCUGACCUUGUAUUCACAUAGCUGUUUCAAAGUAUAUGCUUGUCUAAGCGGCACAUAUUUAACUUUUGCUACAUAUUACAAGUUCCAACCCUCACCUGGCUGUUUUAGAGAAGAUUCUUGUAAAGUUAAAAACCAUUAACUUUGUUGUAAAUACAAUUCUUUCUUUGUAUACAAAGAAAUAAUAUUACAGGCAGAAAAUAUCUCUGGGAUGCCUUUUUCAUUGUAAGUUCUUUGAUCUUCAGUUAGUUAAAAUUGUAUUCCAUGUUGUUCUCUUGAAAGUUGAAACUCACA